GUGAACAUGAACUACGCUCGCCACGUAGACUCCCGUCGUUCGCAUUGUACUAACCGCGCAAAUUUCAUUGACACUCCGCAGCUCAGACACCCAUUGCUUCAGCUUCUACCCAUAUCUUGAUGAAGCUCCCUCAAGCGGCUGUCAUCAUGAAGUCUGCGCAUUCGACCCCCACAGCUCUCGUCAUUAUCGAUGUCCAGCAGGCUUUCAAACAUCCAACAUACUGGGGUGCGCAUCGUAGCAACCCUUUAUUCGAAAACAACAUUGCCGCGCUCCUCAGCGCCGCGCGGGCCCAUAACGAGGCUCAGGCCAAAAUCGACAAGCCUCAGCCCGUCUUGAUCGUCCACAUCCACCAUCAUUCCACCAGUCCAGGUUCAGCCCUGCACCCAUCGGCGAAGGUUCCGGGAACUGACAUACUCGCUAUUGAACCAAUGGAAUACGUCAAUCCGCUUUCUUCAGAGCCGGUUCUGGUGAAAUAUGUGAACUCCGGCUUCAUUGGAACCGACCUGGAGGCUCGUCUGCGUGCUUUUGGCGCCGGCCAGCUCAUUGUGACUGGCCUGACAACAGACCACUGCGUCAACACUACUGUCCGCAUGGCAGCCAAUCUGCAGGUGCUGGGCGAUCAGGGUGGUCCAGAUGGAACCGGGGAGGGAGUUCAUGGAAUCAUCGUGGCCGAUGAUGCUACGGCUACACACCCAAGAGCUAGCUUCGAUGCGGAGACGGUGCAUGCUGUUACGCUUGCCAGUUUAGACGGGGAAUUCGCGCAAGUACGGAACACGAAAGAGGUGAUCGCGACUGUUUUUGGCUCACGGUAGACAUGAUGAUCCACUCGGUAUACUCAUCCAGCGGCGCAUACAGUGCCCUAAUCAAGGAAAGGAUUGCGACCCAAGCGCGCUCCUCUUGAUGAUACAAUGUUAAAAGGAUUAUGACGCCCUAC